UCAGGAUACUCUUACCAGUCUGUGCCUCAAACCACUGAAGAUAAACCACAUAGACUGUAUUAUUACUUAUCCAAAACUUAUACUGGGAUUUUAUCUGGAAAUCAACCUGCCUUUGGAGACCACAGCAGAAAUGGCGUCGAGUGAACUGAGUCGAAUCCUUAACAACGCAAAUGCCAACUUGUACCCCUCUGAACCACAUCCCAACUUGUUGAGCAUGGGAGUGCCCAUGGGCAGACUGCCGCAUCUCUCCGAGGUCUCCUUCAACAGUAACAAUACGAUGGCGGGCCACUGGCACCAGGCGAAUCCGCAGUUGUGGACCAGGCAGGAUGUUCUGGAGUGGAUUGGAUAUCACGUGGAGGAGAGCAGGUUUGAUGCCAGUCUGUUGAAUAUGACCUGCUGCAACAUGGAUGGGCCUACACUGUGCACAAUGAACAAAGAAUCCCUGAUGAGCGUAUUUGGGGCAGUGUUUGGUGAUCAGCUCCACCACAGUCUGGAGAACCUCAAGUCCAGAUAUGCUAAUGACCAGUCUGAGGAUGCCGUUCUAAGUGAUUCUGAAUUCGAUCUAUUGGACACUAUCCUGCAAUACUCAUUCCCCUUCAUGAGCGAGCCAGGUCUUGGACCAUUACUGGAGACAGUGGUAGUCCAGUCAUCAAUCCCAACAGAUAAUUCAGACACCGAAUACAGUUACUUAAAUGAGUACAGAAACCGACUGACUCCAGAGAGUGACCAUGGCUAUGACUCUUUUCCUGAGAGUCUUAAGAGCUCUCACACUGGCAGCUUCUUGAACCUGAGUUCUCCCGAGUCCUGCGGAAGCGAGUCUGACCCAGAAUACUCAGAGAAACCUUACUCCAUCAGCACCAAUAACUUUGUGAAACAAGAGCCAGGAGAGGUCAAGAAGAGAGGCAGAGGACGACCUCCAAAAAUGAGUCGGGAAUCUGACCACUUCAUUGAGUCCAAGAAAAGCAAACAUGCUCCAAGAGGAACCCACCUGUGGGAGUUUAUAAGGGACAUUCUGAUCCAUCCCGAAAAGAACCAUGGUCUGAUGAAGUGGGAGGACCGCAGAGACGGCGUCUUUAAGUUCCUGAAGUCUGAGGCUGUUGCUCAACUAUGGGGCCAAAAGAAGAAGAACAGCAGCAUGACCUACGAGAAGCUCAGCAGAGCCAUGAGGUAUUACUAUAAGAGAGACAUUCUGGAGAGAGUGGACGGACGAAGACUCGUCUACAAGUUUGGAAAGAACUCCACUGGUUGGAGGAUAGAGGAGACUGGAUAUUGAAGCGGACCUGAUGAAAGAGGGUCGCUUUCAAAUGUAGAGUAAUUGGACUCCUACUAAUGAGGAACUUUAGGCUUAGUUUGGUUGCUCUGAAGAUCCCCUUGAUAGAAACACACUCUUCCCAGAGGGAAAAGGUUUCGCAGAAACUGUAAGCCAUUGUUUGGCUAAUGUAGGUUUUAUGAACCUGUAAAAAUGUUGUGUAGAUCUCAAAGCACCUCUCUGGUUCAAAUGACACGCGGGCGUGGCCUGGAUCAGACUCUAUUUGCUUUACUUUAAGAUGUUAAUGUAAACUUUGUAUUACACAAUGGUUGAACUAUGAGAGUCUGUAAAGCUUUGUAAAGGCUCUUUAGCGUUGAGGAUAUGAAGUUUGAAUGAAAUGUAAAAGUUUUUUUGUCACAUUUGAACAAACUCAGAACAGAAGGACAUAACGGUUGUAUGAAGUGUCAUUCACUUUGUCAUUGUACUGAUUGAUAUAUCUAUUCUACUGUUAACGGACAUGUGUAAGAACUAUGUAUUCUUCAUUAUACUUGUCAAUCAAGUACAAAUCAGACUAUAUCAUUUGAAGAUUAUGCUAUAAAAUGUCACUGGAUAAUGUGCCUAACCCUUAUACUAUAUUUAACGCUUAUGUAUAGCAUAUAUUUGCUUUUUGUAU